GUCGCAGACAAUAAAACGAUUAAAAUUCAAACAAUAACUUGUGUAUAGUUCGUAGCAAGAAACGUGUCAUGAAUUAUAAGACAGUUUCCCAAUAUGGCGUCGUCUCUAAUGUUCAGUAAAAAGUGUUUCUAAUUUUAAAGUGUUUAAUUCAAAUUGAAGUUACUUCCCCUCGUGGAGGAGCGUGAAUAUGUGAAGAAAAAAUUGUGUAUGUGGUUGUGUGAAAGCUAACAAAUGGAAGAUUACGGGGUCAAAGGUACAGGACGAGUGAUAAGGGCGCCGUCCCUCAAAAGGGGUAAAACGGAAGAGAGGAUAACGAAUAGGAUUAAAUUGGAGAAGGUGUUAGGAGUGACCGUUUCGAGCAAUGCGGCUUUGGCCUCGGAUAACGACGGAACUAUUGCAUAUCCUGCAGGUUGUACGGUGGUCCUCUUCAACACCAAAACCGAGGAGCAGCACCACAUCAUCAACACAAGUCGUAAAACUAUCACAUCAUUGGCGUUUUCGUCAUGUGGCCGUUACGUCGUGACAGGCGAAUGUGGUCAUCAACCAGCCGUCCGUGUCUGGGAUCUUUAUUCCGAUCCGAUUCCCAGUCAUCCUGGUCUUUCGCCACAGCCUCAACAAGUGGCCGAAUUUGUCGGCCAUAAAUAUGGCGUUAAUUGUGUUGCUUUUUCACCGUCGGGGAAGUACGUAGUUAGUGUCGGUACACAACAUGAUAUGAUUGUCAAUGUAUGGGAUUGGAAAAAUAACGUGAAAGUGGCCAGCAAUAAAGUUAGUACGAAGGUAAAAGCGGUGGCGUUUGCCGAAAAUGGCAGCUAUUUCGUCACGGUGGGGAAUAGACAUGUCAAAUUUUGGUUCCUGGAGUAUGGCAAGUCCAAGUACAAGGAGGCGGUGCCUCUGAUGGGUCGUUCGGCCAUUUUGGGCGAACAACGAAACAAUUAUUUCUGUGAUGUCGCUUGCGGCAAAGCCCAAUCGGGCGAUAGCACCUAUGCUAUCACCAGAUCGGGCCUUUUGUGUGAAUUCAACAAUCGAAGACUUUUAGAUAAAUGGGUAGAAUUAAGGACAACACGUGCCAAUUGUAUAACUGUAGGUGAAAAUUACAUAUUUGUCGGCUGUGCCGAAGGUAUAAUUCGAUGUUUCGACCCUGCCACCCUCAGGUUUAUCACGACGCUUCCGCGAACGCACUAUUUAGGCGUCGACGUCAGUCAGGGUACGAGCAUAAGUCACAUGGCGUCCCCGCCCCCCGACGCAAAAUACCCCGAUGCCGUAGCAUUGACUUACAACGAAACUAACCACAAACUAACCAGUAUUUAUAACGAUCACUCUAUAUACGUAUGGGAUGUGUUUAAUAUAAAAAGGGUGGGGAAAUCGUAUUCGUUCCUCUACCAUUCGGCCUGUAUCUGGGGCGUGGAGAUGGCCCCGCCCAACAGUCCCCUCCCACCCGGCUCGUUCCUCACCUGCAGCUCCGACGACACAAUCCGCGUGUGGUCAUUGGACAAAAUCACCGAACGGAACGCCCAUGGGAUGUACCGACCGAAUGUCUAUAGCAACGAACUCUUGAAAAUCGUAUAUGUCGAUAAAGACUUGUCGUACAUCAAAGACCUAGAUUUAUCGGUUGGUAACAAUGACAAACAACAAGAAACGAGUUAUGACGGCCGGAACGGUGUCAGAUGCAUUCGGGUAAGUCCGGAUGGGAAACACCUAGCUUCGGGCGACCGUUCGGGAAAUAUCCGAAUUCACGAAACGACAAAAAUGCGCGAAAUGUUUAAAAUUGAAGCACACGAUGCCGAAGUCCUAUGUCUGGAGUAUUGUGGAGUCGAAUCAGACUUAAAUCUAAUGGCUAGUGCUAGUCGGGACCGACUUUUGCACGUUUUUGACGUCAGACAUGGUUACGAGUUUUUGCAAACACUAGACGAUCAUUCGUCCUCUAUCACAGCCGUUCGGUUUUUAACCAAUCAGAGGAACACACAAAUGGUGUCAUGUGGUGCGGACAAGUCGCUCAUUUUUCGGUCCUUGGGCGAGUCCGGGGGAAAACCCCAAUUCACACGUGACCAUAACGCCACCGGUAAAACCACACUCUACGAUAUGGAGGUGGACGCCGGUCAGAAACACGUCCUGACGGCUUGCCAAGACCGAAAUGUGCGAAUCUAUAGCGUAAACACGGGGAAACACACGAAAAGUUUCAAGGGAAGUACCGGAGAUGAUGGUACGCUGAUCAAAGUGGUCUUGGACCGCUCUGGUAUAUAUUUGGCCACGUCAUGUACCGAUAAGUCACUUUCGGUCUAUGACUACUAUUCGGGCGAAUGCAUGGCUACAAUGUGUGGGCAUUCGGAACUUGCGACCGGUUUACGAUUCACGAACGACUGUCGUCGGCUUAUUUCGGCCAGUGGUGACGGUUGUAUUUUCGUAUGGAAAGUCCCACAUGACAUGGUCGUGACCAUGCACGCCCGUCUCAGCCAGCAGGCCAUGAGACAAGGCAAAACCCUAGAUAGCGAUAUUUUGAACGAGAGUGGGGAUUUGUACGACAACGAAUCGGAUGCGAGGUACCGGUUUAGCAUAGGACAGUUGCCACAGUGGGCUAAGAAACAAUUGAACGAGGAGGCAAGUCAUGCACCGAGUGUACGUAACGUCGCCGUCCCCAAAGGCCGGUGGGCCCAAAGGGCGGAGCAUCCGCUCGAAGCUACGAAUUUCUAUUCGUUGGAGAAGAAAUUCGAUUCGGACGUGUCAUUGGAAGAGACACGAAUCACGAAAAAGACCAUGGAAAACAUCACACUCACGCGAGGCGAUACGGACACAGGGUUCGAAUCGGCCGCCCAUGAUGGCGAUAUCGAUUCGGACCAUGAGUACCGACGGCCGUUGUAUUACCCGAAUCAAGUGGAUUCGGCCAGCGGAAGCGAAUUUACAGUCACAAAUAUCGAUGCGGACGAACUCCGAAAAUCACAACGUAAGAAAAAAGGUCCGAACCCCCAAAUUGUGAUUCAGGCGACUUCGUCGACCUAUGGAAGUCAAGAUUCGGACGAUGAUGACGAUGAAGCGUCGACACCGAGUGGCGAAAAUACGGACCGAAACCCCAUGUCACUAUUUUCAGUUAGUUCCGAAUCGUUAGAUCAGUUAGGGACGCGUGAAAAAUACCUCCAAAGUACGUUUGAGAGUAUGUCAGGGGCCGAGACCGAACUCACGCCUGGCAAAACUACGAUUUCUAGCAAGUUUUUACGAAGUUCCGAAAUCAAUAUGGCGGCCAUUAAUGCGGUUAAGUUGACGAAAAGUGAUCCCGAAACGGCGCUGAAACGCCAACUACUCAAUAAAAGAAUCGCCGAGACGAAGAAAAAGUUAGAGAGUGUUGGUCAUACUAGUCCCCUGAAGUACAGCCAAUCGAUUCACGACUUGAGUCACAUUCCCGAACGUGAUAAAAGUACGAAAAAGCAAGUCUAUGUACACGAGAGCAGUCCCGAUAGCAGUUUGCGUAGAUCGUGCAGCUUGAGCGACUUAAGCAUGCAAAAACCAGUGGUCAAAAAAAUCGAAGUUUCAGGUAAGAAAGCCCCGCCCACACGAUCCAAUUCGCGAUAUUCGAAAAACAACGGCCCGCCCAUGACGCGAAGUCGCUCGAGCGGUGUUCUCAACCAAUCCGAUUCCGAGAACGAAGACAAGAAAAUGUCACGGCUGAUGCGACCCACGAUCAGUUCGCAUAAUAAAAUUAAUAAUAAGUCGCUACAAAGUCGCAAAAAACAAUCGUAUUCCACGAGUAAUUUGAAUACGGUGGGCGUGGAUAAUGUAUCGACUUCUGAUGAUGAGGAAGUGGUUCAAAAGCCGGCUGUGCCACCGAGGAAUCGGAUGAGUUAUAACGGACCGCCGGCGGUUACACCGCGAAGGCAUUUGAACAAUAAAGAAAAAAGUAAAGGGGGGCGCCACACCUCACAUUUUGAGAAGAUUAACGUCGAUUUGGAUACUACUCUUAUCAACGAUGAUGACAAUUCGGAUCUUUCAGUUGAUACAGUUGAAAUUUCCCACCAACUGUGCAACGACGUGAUCCAGCAGCUGACCAAAGCGGCCGAUAACGUCGUCGGUCUGUAUAACCGACUCAGCGAUACCGAAACGGACACACAAAAUAGUUCCGUCGCCAAAAUGGACAUGGUCAAGGACCUGGAAAUGUCAAUUUUGAACACACAUAAAGUCCUCCAUGAAUGCAUUUUUAAAAAACUGAAGCAAAGUAACGGCAAUGUUGACGUUAACCAAACCGAUACGGUUAAAAAACUGAACGAUUUAGUAUCGAAAGGUUCGUCAGGUGGUCCGAAUUCGGCCGUUAGUAUUAUGGAACAAUACUCGGACAUUUUACUAGAUAUGGUACAACAAAAAAUCCACAAUUCAAAUAUUUGAUAGUUGGUCGAGUUGAAAAAUAUACUGUGAUUGUAUUAGUCGGAGCGAAAUCUCAUGCGGAAGUUAGUUGAUUGUUGAAACAUUCCAUUAGGUAUUUUUUUUUCUUGAAAUGAGGAAUUGUCGGUGUGCUUCCCUUAUGUAACUCCGGUUGUGUUUUUUUACACGAAUGUUUAUAUUUUAUGAUUGGGUUUUAAUAACACCAUAUUUUUAUUUAUGUAAUGUACAAUUUUUUAACUGUUAGCUAGCUGUCAUGUCAAUUCUGUAUAGGCUCACCCAGAUGUAACCUCAGACUGUAAUUUUAUAAUAAUUAAGUCUAAGUCCAAUAAAAUUAUUAAAUAACUA